AUGGAGGAAGCACUGAGGCGUCUCAACGGGAUGACUCCGAUUCCAGAACCCGACCCGCAGGACACCUGCACCUCCGGCAACCAGAAGCGUGGUGCCAACUCCUCCCCCACCACCGCCAACAAAAGAACUAUAAGAGAAAACGGCGGCGGCGGCAGUGGUGGCGCCAUGAGAUACCGCGGUGUGAGGCGUAGGCCGUGGGGCCGUUACGCCGCCGAAAUAAGAGACCCGCAGUCGAAGGAGCGACGCUGGCUCGGCACCUUCGACACGGCGGAGGAGGCCGCCUGCGCCUACGACUGCGCCGCACGAGCCAUGCGGGGGCUGAAGGCUCGAACCAACUUCGUUUAUCCAACCUCUCCACCUCACCCUUGUUCCGCCACCGAACGCAUUUUCCCUUCCUUCAACUUCCCCAACAAGUCUCAGCAACCGUUCAACAAGAUCAGCCAUAACCGCCAUUUAUCUGGUGGCGCAGGUUGUUGGUCCUCAUGCUCUGACCCACAUGGGGUUGACUUUUCUGCGGCAACAACCACCCACCAGCGAAACUCUUCCAUCAACAUGCUUUUGUUUCGUGACUAUCUCAACUCUUCUAACAACCAUUCUUUGGUUUCUUCUUCUUCUUCUUCUUCUUCUCAGCAGUUUUACGACAAGGGAAGCUCCUCCAUUCCAUCGUACUCUGCUUGUUGUUCAUCUUUGAUGAAUUCUUGUGGUGGCAAUGAUAUCAGCGUGAGUGGCUCUUCUUCCUUCAAGAUGAACGCCAAUGGAACCAAAAUCGCUGAAGCUGAUGAUGAAGACUUUGAAUUCUUUCCGACAGAGCCUUCGGACUCAGGUUUGUUGGAAGAGAUAGUUUCUAGGUUCUUGCCGAAAUCGAAGCCUAAGAAAUGCAAGAGUCCGCAAAAAACAGAGACUUUCUGCAUCCCUGAGUCGGUUCCUCCACCUGCAUAUGAUCACAUGCUAGUUUCCGCUGCUCAAUGCUAUGAUGAGACAAAGAAGGGAUUUCUCAAGAACGAGGGUUUUGGUGUCUCUUGUGAUUAUCAAGGUUUUCCCAUGCAACAAUUUGACAACUUUAAUGGGUUUAAUACUGUGCAGGCUAUGCCUCUGGGUAAUGAACAAGUAAUGAUGACAGAGAACUCAAUCAUAGAUGAUAUUUUUCAGUACCCAGAGCUUCUUAAUGCUUUUGCAGUGAGGAUGCAAAAUGCAUAG